GUUUGAGCAUAGACUCCUAGUACGGGUAUCUGGCUGCGCACCCAGACAUCCUGUACCACCACAGCGCAUCAACUCCCUACCAGAAAUUAUGAUAAGUCUCACUGAUGAUGGGUUUUCAGAUGCAGAUAUCAAAGGCCUCAAGCUCGCAUUCUCACAACGCUGUAACACUGCCAGCGAAGCGACCACCAGCUCGGAGUUGGGAGUAGUUCGGGCACCAGCGAACUACCGAACUGGCUUGCGGUUCAAGAAGGAGUCGGGUACCCGUGAGCAACGAAUCCCACCAGGUGGUAUCUGGAUGGAAUCUCCAGUAGACGUCAAAGGAAAGGGCAUCGCACGGAGCCUUGACUGGCAUUUGGCUACCAUGGCAUCGAAUGAUAGGGAGCGUGAAGAAAUGACUUACAAGCUCCUCGAGUGUCUGCCUCGUUCUGUACUUGCAAGUCUGCAGCGCAGAAUGACCCCUUUGUUGCAGUUCGAUAUCGUCGGGUCCCUUCCCACAGAACUCUCUCUCCUCAUCUUCACGCAUCUCCCAGCAGCUUCCUUGCUCGCGUGCUCUCUUGUCUCUAAACGUUGGCACACCCUUGCAACAGACCAAGGACUUUGGCGUCGUCUUUGCUAUGCACACGGCUGGGAAUGGCGCACGGACGUUGCUGCGCCCACACCCUGGGACGGACUUGGUGAUGCAGAUCCUGCGGAUGCAAUUCUUCGUGAAGAACGGGAUGAAGAUGAAGGUAUGGGCGACGAAGAGGAAGAUGAAGAUGAAGGAAGUGGUGAAGGCGCAGGAGAUGUCGUCGAUUUUAUAGGGGAUGACUCGGUGGACUGGACGUCCAUGCCGAUGAACAUUGACGACAUUGAAGCACAGGGUCUAUCACAUCUCCUCAUACCUCUCACUUCAACCGCAUUAUCGUCCUCUUCGACAACUGCCAUCACUCCGAUAUCCCGUAUCACAUCACAGCAUGGCGUUUUCCCACGAAGUACGCAUCUUGCGCCAGACUACAGGCUCCUCCACCAGACGCACAUGCUCCUCCACAACCGUUUUUGCCAGGGUGCGUAUCGUAGGCGUAUACUGCCUAACGCAGAUACCGGUGGACACAGCGCUGCAGUGUAUUGUCUUUGGUUGUGGACGUAUCCGGCAGGGCUCGAUGGUCGGUCCGCACCCCUGCAGGUGCUAUUUACGGGUUCGAAGGACCGCACUGUUCGGGAGUGGGAUCUGCGCACGGACCGCGUCCGGCGCGUGGUCGGUGAAUUGCAUGAGUCUAGUGUUCUAAGCUUAUGCGUAUCUUCCGACUUUGCGAAGUCGGGAGAUGGAGAGGAGGAUUUGGCAAGCGAGCCUAGUAGUAGGGCUGGUUUUCUGGUAAGUGGAGGGAGUGAUAGGCGUGUCGUUGUUUGGGACCUUGGCAAGGACAGGUUGGUCAAGGUGCUGCAAGAUCAUCUUGACAGCGUGCUUUGUGUUCGUGUUGAUAGCGGAAGGCUGGUGACGUGUUCUAAAGACCGGACCGUCAGAACAUAUGGAUUUCCAUCCUUGAAACCUCAAUUCGUGUUUCGUGCACAUCGUGCAGCUGUUAAUGCUGUCUCCGUCGUUGGUGAUGUGAUAGUGUCUGGCUCUGGCGACCGUUCGAUACGUGUUUGGAAUGCAAACACUGGUGCGCUCAUCAGCACCUUUGAGGAACACCAUGCACGAGGCAUUGCCUCUAUUGAGUUCAAGCCCCCAUAUUUGUUGUCCGGCUCCUCAGACAUGCAUCUGCGCAUGUUUGACAUAGCUUCGUCGCAAGGCUGGUCGACAAACCCUGAUGUCAACAAUAUUCCCUCAGCCACGAUUCCUACCUUUACCUCAACAUCGCAUUCCCGGGAUAAUAUUGCAAUGAUACCGGGACAGGGGAUAACGCCGUUCUUUCUGCAUUCCUCUUUAACACGAUCCAUACCUGAUAUGUCACGGCCAGAUGCGAACACUGUCGUGUGUCAUGCUUGUGGGUCGCAUGGAUUAGCUGCACGGCGUGAGCAAGAGAGACAUACCCAUCUCGUGCGAAGCGUUGCCCUUGGGGAGGAGUUUGCUGUGAGUGGGAGCUAUGAUUUAACCAUCAAGGUGUGGGACAGGAAGACAGGAGCGCUGGUUGCUGACCUGAAUGGCGGCCAUACAGGAAGGAUAUUCUGUGUAGGUUUUGAUUGUACCAAGAUCGUUUCGUGCGGGGAAGAUCAGCGGAUAUGUAUUUGGGAUUUUUCUCAUGGGAUUGAUACAUCUUUCAUCAAAUUGUAGCUCUAGACUCAUGCGAUACCCUGUGUUUUGGAAGGCCUCCUCUGUGGAGCCUGUAGAUUGUUUAUUGAUUGAUGCUGUCGAUGCCGUGUGUCCCGAGACGUUGUAGUUUUCGGACGACUGCCCCAGUCACGACUGUAUGAUGUCACACGACGUCAUUUAGAUUACGUGGUGACAGUACUUUCCAAAGCUCUUUCCAAUCUUAGGCUUCGAGCACGCUUGCUAGGUAUACGACUGCUUGAUUCAAAGGGCAAAAUGGAUUUCUGUGUUCAUCAUGAAGAGAUGUGUACGAUAUCGGCUAUAUGUGUGGGCAUUGGAUUCAAUUCAUCAAUCAUUUUGCACUUCAU